UCUGUUCUUGUCUGAGACAACAGACAGUUUGUGACUCUUGGGCACAUAUUUGAGAGAUUGGCACAGUGGGCUUUUAAAAAGAAAUCCUGGCGUGUGAGGUUAGCUUCAGUUUACACAGAGAAAAUUAAAAUUUCAGAUAGACUCAUUCAGCCUUUAGUUCUCUCUCUCACCUUUUCCAAAGGACAAUUUUUGGAGCUUUCUUAGAAUAUUCAUCCAUGUCUGAAGAAAUUGUUUAUGCAAAUCUCAAAUUCCAGGACUCUGAUAAGAAAGAAAAUCUGCAGACAUCUGACAAAUGCGAUGAAAAAGCACCUUCUGCUCCUUCCUAUUCACAGCAUAAAGCAGUCUUGAUUCUGACUGUUCUAUGCCUUCUGCUGCUCAUUGGACUGGGGGUCUUAGGAGGUUUGUUUCAUACAACUUUGGAGACAGAAAUGAUAAAAUCAAAUCAACUACAAAACAUCAGGGAAGAACUUCAGGAAAAUGUUUCCCUACAGCUGAUGCACAAUAUAAACAGCUCCAAGAGAAUCAGGAACCUUUCCACCAUGCUGCAAAAGGCAGCCACCCAGCUGUGUCGUGAACUGUAUGAAAAAGAACCAGAACACAAAUGCAAACCUUGUCCAAAGGGUUCACAAUGGUAUGAGGACAGUUGUUAUUCCAAUCUUUAUAAGUAUGAAACAUGGAAAAUGAGUGAAAUGCUCUGUUCUGCUCGGAAUGGCAGCCUGCUGAAGAUUAAGAACAGGAGUGUGCUGGAAUUUAUAAAAUCUAAGAACUUACAAGAUUAUUGGCUGGGGUUGUCGCCCAGAACAGAGAGACCAAAUUAUUACGAGGAACUGAAUGAGAACAUGUUCCUCUCUGCAGGAUUUGAAAGAAACAAUUAUGACUUAAGUAAUAUGUACUGUAGAUAUAUAGAUAGAAGUUAUGUUUAUUAUUCAUCCUGUGCUAAAAAAAAUACGUCAUGUGUGUGGAGACAGCCAGCACUGUACAGGUGGACAGUGUAUUGAAUGACCUUCCAGAGGGAAGAAAAUAGCUACUGCAUUUGUGGACUCCAGCUUCUUUCCUGCUCUGAUGGUUUGAAAGAGGAUGGCCCCCAUGGGUUCAUAUUUUGAAUACGUGGGCCCCAGUUGGUGCAACUGUUUGCGAAGGAAGAGAAGGUGUGGCCUUGGUGGAGGUGAUACUUCACUGAUAGCGUAUUUUGAUUAUUCCAAAGUCCACCUCACUUCCAGUUAAUUCUCUGUUUUGUGUUAACUGAGAUAUGAUCUUUUAACUACCUGCCUACUGCCAUGCUCACCAUCAUAAUUGUUAAAGACUAUAACCCUCCACAACCAUGAGUUCCAAAUUAAACCAUUUUAUAAGUUGA